GAACCUGACUUGCCAGAGGUCACAGGAGGAAGCCGGGUGGCUGGGGUUCAGUCCCAGCGUGGUGAGCCGGGCAUCCACGUUCUGUCUUGUGCUCUCGGCUCCCCCUCGGUCAGAGUCACUUCUUAAAGGGGCUCCUGUGGUCGGUUCAGCCUUCGGCUCCGUGGCUUCCCAUGCUCACCAGUGCAGCGGGCUGGGGCCCUGGUGCCCUCGUGCUGCCUCAGAGGGGUCCUGGCAGUGUGGCUCCAGGAGGCCCUCCCCCAGCUCGGACUCCGUGUCAAACCGCGGGUCCUUGGGCCCAUGCAGACGCCCAGGCUCCCGCCACGUCUGUCUCACGCGUGGGCUGUGCUCACAGUGGCAGUUGAACUCAAAAAAAACCCCCAAACUCUAAACUGACGUCAUGCGCAGUCGGAGAGCCCUGUACAACCCGAGUCGCCCUCCACGUAUGGCGGCUUCCCAACCGCUCAGAUAGAAACUUACGUCUCCAGCCCAUGGUUGGCUGAAUCCGCGGAGGAGAAACCCAGGGGUACUGAGAACCGACUGUCUACCGAGAAAAACCGCGUGUGCGUGGACCCGCGAAGCUCAGACCCACGGAGUUCAGGGGUCAACCGAGCUGUGCUGGGGGGACCUCCUCAGCCCAGGGGAGCAGGAGUUGGUUUCCUUUCCAGAACCCAGACAUGGACAGGUGUGACCUCCACUGAGCAAGGAGGCAGGUGGACGGUGUCAGAGCACCUGUGUUCGUGCACCCGCGCUGGGAAGAGCCGCCUCCGGGCUCCUGGCUCAUUUCUAGUCUAAUUCUCAUCCACCUUCUUGCCUGCAUGUGCCUGAUGGCAGGUCCGUCACCUGUCGGAGGCUUAAGAGAAAUGUAUGGCCCGUGAGAAGCAAAGGACAUUGGCUGCGGGCUUGCUUUUGGUUUCAUUGGGAAAGGACUGUGCGUUGACCUCAGGGGGCGAGGUCCACCUUUCUGAUGGAACCCUCCGGAAUGUGAUGGCCCCCGGGGGACGAGCCCUCGCAGGGGAGGUGGGGGUGGAGCAGACAUAGGCGACAGUCACUGACCAGGAUGGGGGUGGGCGAGCUGUGGUCUCGCUGACAGCCUCUCGGCAGCAUGGACUCACCUGGCACCCAGGUGUCCUGAGGCCCGGCUCCCGCACUCGUCCGCAGGGCAUGCCAAGGAGGCGCUGAGCCUGGCCCAGAUGCAGGAGCAGACGCUGCAGCUGGAGCAGCAGUCCAAGCUCAAGGAGUACGAAGCCGCCGUGGAGCAGCUGAAGAGCGAGCAGAUCCGCGUGCAGGCUGAGGAGCGCAGGAAGACGCUGAGCGAGGAGACGCGGCAGCACCAGGCCAGGGCCCAGUACCAGGACAAGCUGGCCCGGCAGCGCUACGACGACCAGCUGAGGCAGCAGCAACUUCUCAACGAGGAGAAUCUACGGAAGCAGGAGGAGUCGGUGCAGAAGCAGGAGGCCAUGAGGCGAGCCACCGUGGAGCGGGAGAUGGAGCUGCGGCACAAGAACGAGAUGCUGCGGGUGGAGCGCCGCCAGACCAUCCUGGAGUCCAUCAGGACGGCUGGCACCCUGUUUGGCGAAGGAUUCCGGGGCUUUGUGACCGACUGGGACAAGGUGACCGCCACGGUGGCCGGGCUGACGCUGCUGGCUGUCGGGAUCUACUCCGCCAAGAACGCCACGCUGGUGGCCGGGCGGUACAUCGAGGCGCGGCUGGGGAAGCCGUCCCUGGUGCGGGAGACCUCCCGCAUCUCACUGCUAGAGGCGCUGCGGCACCCCCUGCAGGUCAGCAGGCGGCUGCUCAGCAAGCCUCAGGACGCGCUGGAGGGAGUGGUCCUCAGUCCCAGCCUGGAGGCCCGAGUGCGGGACAUCGCCAUAGCGACGCGGAACACCAAGAAGAACCACAGCCUAUACAGGAACGUGCUGAUGUACGGGCCGCCCGGGACGGGCAAGACGCUGUUUGCCAAGAAACUGGCGCUGCACUCGGGCAUGGACUACGCCAUCAUGACGGGCGGGGACGUGGCCCCCAUGGGGCGGGACGGCGUGACAGCGGUGCACAAGGUCUUUGACUGGGCCAGCACCAGCCGGCGAGGCCUCCUCCUGUUCGUGGACGAAGCGGAUGCCUUCCUCAGGAAGCGAGCCACCGAGAAGAUCAGCGAGGACCUCAGGGCGACCCUGAAUGCCUUCCUGCACCGCACGGGCCAGCACAGCAGCAAGUUCAUGCUGGUCCUGGCCAGCAACCAGCCCGAGCAGUUCGACUGGGCCAUCAAUGACCGCAUCGACGAGAUGGUCAGCUUCGAGCUGCCACAGCGGGAGGAGCGGGAGCGCCUGGUGAGGAUGUAUUUUGACAAGUAUGUUCUUAAGCCAGCCACAGAAGGAAAGCAGCGCUUGAAGCUGGCCCAGUUUGACUACGGGAAGAAGUGCUCCGAGAUCGCACGCCUGACCGAGGGCAUGUCGGGCCGGGAGAUCUCCCAGCUGGCCGUGGCCUGGCAGGCCAUGGCGUAUGCCUCUGAGGACGGGGUCCUCACCGAGGCCAUGAUGGACGCCAGGGUCCAGGACGCCAUCCAGCAGCACCGGCAGAAGAUGCAGUGGGUGAAGGCCGAGCGAGCCAGGCCCUCGGGCAGCCAGCCCCCACUCCCAAGUGCACAGACGGAGUGAGCUGGGCCUGGACCCGGGGACCCUGGGCGCACUGGCUGGGCAGCAUCGAGAGGCAGCGCGAGGUGCCACGUGUCCGGAGGUCGUGGGUGCUGCACAGCCCCGCGCCUCCCCAGGGUGUCCGUCUUCCUCUGGUCAGGCCAGGGCAGCAUUCCAGCCUCUGCUGCGGACAGCUGCGGCUCUGGUGUCUGAUGGGAACCUGCCCUCCACGCAGUGGUUGUGGCUGGAGAGCCUCAGGCUGGGGCCGCGCCUGGGACAUGAGUCUCUGCCAGGCAGGGGGAAGGCAGGUCCCUGGCGCCUGGCUGCUGAGGCUGUGACCUGCAGGGGGCGGAGCCUGACCUUGCCGGGCCCCGCCCAGACCAGAACCUGGCCAGGGCUGAGCGGAGCAGACCCCGUGGUGCCCUGCACACCGCUUUGUGCCCUUGGGUACCUGGUGGAUCUGCACCCGAGACCGGAGACCCCCGACCUGCUGGGGCGCUGCCCCGGCCCAGAUGGCCUGCAGCCCUAACUCCUGGAGCUGGGUGUUUCUGUCAGAAUCUAAUAAAAAACUGACACCU